AUGGCUGAAUCAGAAUUUCAGCAAGGAAACGAUGAUGGAAAGACGAGGGAGAACUUUAAAAAGAGCAUAGAGGAACUUCUGGAGAAAAUGGAAAAUCUAACAGUGUGGGCAACCCAGAUAGUCUAUGACUGCACAGCCAUCCGGACCAACCCAGCCCUGACCACCACCAUGCAGCACUUGGAAGAUGCCUUCCUGAGGUGCAAAGAGCACAUGGAGAAGAAAAGGCAAGAGGUGCUGAUGGAAUCUAGAGGUGAAGGGCAAAAAAAGGAAUAAACUGAAUUUGGUCACACUGGCAGAACAACAACUCUUGGAAAAUCCCUUAGGUCUUUUUUCCUUCCAGCUGUGGAGGUUUCCCAGCCACUGUGGGAAAUGGAUUGGCUUUCCUCUUGCUAAGAACUACUUAUUUGUGUACAUCUGUGGAAGUAUUUUAACGAGAUUACACAUACAGCUUUGUAUUGUUGAGGGUAAAAGGCAGCAAUGUCUGUAUUCCUAUGAUGCCCAUCAGUAAUCCCUGUAGUGUUUGCACUCACAAUUUACACACCCUCUGUCCUUUUCCCUGGAAGAUCAUACUCACUCCAUGGUCUGGAGUGAAUUCUUUGAGACCUGAACAAGCUGGGGGGAUGGGGAGCAGGGGUGCUGUAGAGGACUAUCACAGUGCCAUUGCACCAGCCCAUGCCUUUCAAAGAACACUGAAGAAUUGCUUGUUUUUCCAAAUGAAAAGCAGGUGAAAUUCUAGAUUUGCAGAUAGACUGUGUUGGUUUUAUUUGGGAUCAUCUAGGUGUUCAAUUACAUAGCUUUAUUAUUUAGAUAGAUCAUCUGCACGUGUUUCAUUUUCUUCCAUUAGAUUUUUAACCAUUUCUUUGAACUGGUUUCCCCAGAAAGAUUGUUCUUCUCAAACCCUCGGAAGGUGGCAUGACUUACUGAAUUAAAAAAUUUGUACCAUUAUAGACUGCAGUGUGUGUGGUGGCAUUGCUGCAGAAACCAAACUAACCAUGUUAUAAAACGUGCUUCUCUCCAUAUGUU